AUGCCACCAAGACGUAAUGCACCUGCGGAGAACGAGAAUAAUCUCUCGGCAAUAGAUCGAAUGGUUCAAGCCAUGGAGAGGAUGGCUGAGUUGAUGCUGGCUCAGCAAGCUCAAACCCAACAUCAAAUGCAACUAAGAGUAGACUAUGCCAAGGCGAUAGCCAGCCGACAACCACCAUACUACGCGGGCGAAAAGGAUCCGGUGAUUCUGGAGGAGUGGAUCCGAACCUUCGAUAAGUUACUCAACGCAGUGAACUGCCCUGCGAACCAGCGAGCACCCUCGGCAGUGUAUUAUCUGACAAAAGCUGCCGACAAUUGGUGGGCGACAGUUGGACCAACUCUCCUGCAAGACCCAGCUUUCGGUUGGGAGGAAUUUAAGGUGGAGUUAAGGGAGCAGUUCUAUACUGAGCGCAUUAAGGGAAUUAAGUGUGAGGAAUUCCUACGGCUGAAACAGAAAGGAGCAACCAUCCAAGAAUACUACGACCAGUAUGUCGAGCUGAUGCGGUUUGCCCAGGAAAUCGUGCCGGAUGAGGCGAGUAAAGCAAGGAGGUUUGUUCGAGGAUUGGACUGGAGUGUAAGAGGGAUGAUCGCGCCUUUCAUGUGCGCAACAUUGAAGGAGGCCUAUGACAGAGCGUCGGAUCAUUAUCAGGUUUACCUGGACCAACAGGAAGCCUAUGGCCGAAACAAGAGGAAGGCCGACGACAACUCUCGGGAGUUUCAGGCGGGAAACAAGAAGGCCAAUCAGGGCGGCAUUAACACAGUGCAAGGGAGAGGAGGAUUCGAUAAAGGAAAGCGUUUUGCUUGCCCGAGGUGUGGGAGGAAUCACCCCGGGGAAAACUGUCAGGGAGUAAGGAUUAAGUGUUAUCGGUGCGGUAUCGUCGGGCACAAGGCUGCUCAGUGCCAAAGUCAAGGAGGCAGUCCCCAAAAGCCCCUGCAGAAUGAGAAUCAAGGACGGAGAUUCAACGGGAAUAACGGUUGGAACCCCGCAAGAGCCAGAGGUCAAACGACGAACUUUCAACCUGGGAAUCCAGUAAAUGCCACGCCCGGGUCUAACCACAAGGGAAAGCAGGUGGUGGGAGAGAGCAGCGGAGAAAAACAGGGUAGGAUCUACGUCGUCAAUAGCGCUCAGUUAAGGCCUACGGCCAAGUUAAACCUCAACGUCGCAACAGCUUCAGGAGUAAUAAUAUCCUGUAAGGAUGGUUACGAUGACGUUGCAAUAGAAAUAGCAGGAUUUAACUGUCCCGGAAGUCUCAUUCGUUUCGAACUCGAAGGCCUCGAUGUCGUACUCGGAAUGGAUUGGCUGGAUAAGUACAAGGCUCAGAUCGUAUGUAACGAACAAAAGGUUGUACUUCAAGGACCGAAGGGAAAGAGAAUAUCCUACCGAGGAGUUGACAAACAACCCGAGCCACGGUUGUUAACAAUGCAAGGGUUGAGGAAAUGCGUUCGCCAGGGGUGCGAAGCAUAUCUCUGUUUGAUACAAGACGCCGAAGUAAGGGAACUCGAGAUAGAUAGAAUCCCAAUAGUGCGCGAAUUCCCUGACGUAUUCCCUGACGACCUCACCGAGAUGCCACCAGAAAGAGAAGUGGAGUUCACCAUCGAUCUUGUACCAGGCACCUCACCCAUCUCAAGAGCGCCUUACCGCAUGGCUCCCAAGGAGAUGGAGGAAUUAAAGGCACAAUUGGAAGAGUUGUUGGAGAAAGGAUUUAUUAGACCAAGCGUAUCACCUUGGGGUGCACCGGUGUUGUUCGUGAAAAAGAAAGAUGGAAGCUUGCGACUAUGCAUCGACUACAGGGAACUCAACCGAGUCACAGUAAAGAACAAGUACCCUUUGCCCAGGAUCGAUGAUUUAUUCGAUCAGUUGAAAGGAGCGGGUGUGUUCUCAAAGAUCGACCUACGGUCAGGGUACCAUCAAGUGCGGGUAGUGAAAGAAGACGUACCUAAAACAGCAUUUCGAACAAGGUACGGGCACUACGAGUUCACAGUCAUGCCAUUCGGAGUGACCAACGCUCCAGGAACUUUUAUGGACUUGAUGAACCGGAUCUUCCUUCCGUACUUAGAUAAAUUCGUCGUCGCUUUCAUAGAUGACAUCUUAGUCUACUCUAAGACCACGAAGGAACACGAGGAACACCUCAGAACAGUGUUGCGAACACUGAGAGAAAGGAAACUUUUCGCAAAACUCUCGAAGUGUGAAUUUUGGAAAAGAGAAGUCGCAUUUCUCGGUCACGUUAUCACCGAGGAAGGAAUAAGGGUGGAUCCAACCAAGAUACGAGCGGUAGUCGAAUGGGAAGCGCCCAAGUCAGUUACCGAAAUCCGCAGCUUCUUAGGUUUGGCAGGUUACUAUCGGCGAUUCGUUCAAGACUUCUCAAGGAUAGCAAGACCACUGACGAGUUUACUCAAGAAAACAACUAAGUAUAGUUGGAGUAAGGAAUGCGAGCAGGCAUUCCAAGAGUUCAAGAAGAGAUUGACCACCGCUCCGGUAUUGACUCUACCUGUCGGAACAGAAGGCUAUGAGUUGUACACCGACGCGUCUCACAAGGGACUAGGAUGCGUCCUCAUGCAAAAUGGAAGGGUAAUAGCAUAUGCUUCUCGGCAAUUGAAAACUCACGAGGCUAACUACCCGACGCACGACUUGGAACUAGCAGCAGUGGUAUUCGCUCUCAAAAUUUGGCGGCACUAUCUCUAUGGAAUUUCAUGCAAAGUCUAUACAGAUCACAAGAGUUUAAAGUACAUCUUCACUCAGAGAGAUCUCAAUUUAAGACAAAGGAGAUGGUUGGAAUUGAUCAAGGAUUAUGACUUGGAAAUUCAAUAUCACGAGGGCAAGGCAAAUAAAGUGGCUGACGCCUUAAGCCGAAAGACGAGCCAUGCUCUUUGGAUAUUACCCGAGCAGCUAUGUGAGGAGUUUCAAGGACUCAAUCUGGAGGUAAAAAUGAGCGAUCAAAAGGAGCAGGAGGAAAGGUUAUAUUACAUGUCGGCUACUCCAACCCUAUUUGAAGAGAUCGAACGAGCACAAGAAGAGGAUAGUUGGGUGGAAAACAUCAAGGAAAAGAUGGUCGACGGAAAACAUGGGCCAUUCGAAUUGCACCCAGAUGGAAGUGUGAGAUUCCAAAGUAGAUGGGUGAUACCAAAAGGGUGUAAGAAGAUAAUGGAGCAAAUAAUGAAAGAAGGCCACUACACGCCUUACUCAGUUCAUCCUGGUGGAGAUAAGUUGUAUAAGGACUUGAAACAAAACUUCUGGUGGUCGGGCAUGAAAAACGAUGUAGCUGAAUUCGUGGCGAAGUGCUUGAACUGCCAAAGGGUCAAGGCAGAGAGGAGUAGACCCAAAGGAUUAUUACAACCAUUGGAAAUCCCGCAGUGGAACUACCACGCCAGUAUUAAGAUGGCACCCUAUGAGGCAUUGUAUGGGCAAAAGUGUCGAAGUCCUCUAUGCUGGAAUGAUAAGAGUGACAUCGUCACGCUUGGACCGCAAUAUCUCCAUGAGACCAUUGAAGCCAUCAAAUUAAUUCAAGGAAGGAUGAAAAUCGCGCAGGAUCGACAGAAGUCAUACGCCGACUUGAAACGACAAUUCACGGAAUAUCAGGCUGGAGAGAAGGUGUUACUGAAAGUUUCACCUACUAAGGGAGUAAAAAGAUUUGGGAGGAAAGGAAAAUUAAGUCCUCGAUACAUAGGACCUUACGAGAUUCUAGAGAGGGUCGGAAAUCUAGCUUAUCGACUGGCCCUACCGAUUGAGCUUGACAAAGUACAUAACGUGUUCCAUAUUUCUCAACUCAAGCGCCCGGGGAACUCCAGUGGUUCCUCAGAGUUUUACUUUCCCCUAUAUGACUAUGAUGGCUACGUGCACUUGCUGACGGGUGAUGACCCGUAUGCCCCAGGCUUCGCUCCAGACCCUCCUGCUCCUGUCUACACUCCCGAUUCGGUUCUUGCUCCGGACCCGGUCUACGUUCCUACUUUGGACUCGGUCUAUGAUUCUACCUUGGACCCGAUCUUUGCUCCCGUUUCUCCUCCUCUGCAGUACAGUCCUCCUCCAACUUAUCCGACUACUCCCACUCGCAUACCGGUUCGCAGUAGUGAGCCGACUUUUCUAGAUAAGGUCCAGUCUAGGUUUGGGUUCUAUCCCAUCGAGGUGUUAGAGGGGAGUGACCCCUUAGAGUUUGUAGUCUUUUACCCCUAUCCGUGGGACCCCAGUCCUUCGGAGCAUUGGGAUGAGUGGUCGAUGGUGAACUCUCCCUGCUACUUUUUGGACCAUAUCACCUGGUUCGCAGUGGUCGCUAGUGCAGCUACCCCCUUUUGCUUAUCUAUGCAUCUGUAUAUGAAGUUAUAUCGGGUGAUGGUGAUGAUGUGA